AUGAGCGGUGCAUUAAUCUUCGUCAUCGUUGCCUGGUCGUUGAUGGUUGGCACUGGUGCUUUCACGGCGGUGUAUUUCUAUUUUGAGAUGAAAAUCUCACGCAAAACAACGAAAAAGCGAGCCACGAGAGCUCAAAGAAUAUUCAGACACCAAGGUCUCUUUUCGGGAGAUGAUUCUAUCGAGGUACCUACCUUUCAUGCCCUCCAGAUUGUGCCCUCUCGUUCAUCUUUAGAAAGCUCCCUUCAAGAUAGAGAUUCCAAUGAACUAGAGCAUCUAGACUGGCUCUAUCAAUAUCAGAGACUAGUACCACCUCCACCAGUCUACAGACGACAUUCCAUGGCUCCGCUGUAUGCUACACUCCCCGCAGCUGCACCUUUGUAUCAGGAACGAGAUGGACCAGGCAACGACCCUUACGUAUCUGGCAACAGCAAUCUUGGUAACGACUUAGCCUUAUCUAGAAGCGAUUCAAAUACCGAGACCGGAUCAUAA